AUGUCCAACGACAAUGAAUUUACUGAAAAGACAGAAAAUAAUGUAGCUUGCUUUCAAUCUAAUGCUGUAGAACUUUGUCCAGCUGUAGAAAAGACAGAAAAUACUUUAGCUUGCUUUCAAUCUAGUGCUGUAGAACUUUGUCCAGCUGUAGAAGAGACAGAAAAUACUUUAGCUUGCUUUCAAUCUAGUGCUGUAGAACUUUGUCCAGCUGUAGAAGAGACAGAAAAUACUUUAGCUUGCUUUCAAUCUAGUGCUGUAGAACUUUGUCCAGCUGUAGAAGAGACAGAAAAUACUUUAGCUUGCUUUCAAUCUAGUGCUGUAGAACUUUGUCCAGCUGUAGAAGAGACAGAAAAUACUUUAGCUUGCUUUCAAUCUAGUGCUGUAGAACUUUGUUCAGCUGUAGAAGAUGAUGUAUGUAAAUGGAAAAAUGAUCCAUGUAUUUUCAUUAACAAACAUUUAAGUCCUGAAGAAAAACGAUUUAUUUCUGAACUUGGACCUUGUCAACCAUUAGAAAAUGAUUUAUAUGGUUAUCAGUUUCCAAAAAAUACUAAUGGGAGGCAUUUUAAUGAACAGUGGUAUUUCAGAGUACUACCUGACGGUAAAAAAGUUAUUAGAGAUUGGUUAUCUUACUCACCGAAAUUAAAUAAAGCCUUUUGCUUGCCUUGUAUUCUUUUUGGUUCUGAUAAAAAUAUUUCUUCAAGAAUGUCCUGGGCAAUAAAUGGUUAUGAUGGUUGGCAAAAUGGUCGCAAUAAUAUAAGUGCCCAUGAAUUAACUACAUCACACAUCAAUUCAUCUGUCAUAUUAAAAAUUCAAAAAACUACUUUGCCAAUUUUACCAUCUCUAGAAUAUGGCAGAAAAAUGGAAGUAGCGACUAACCAAAAAGUUGUUUCCGAACUCAUUGAUAUUGUUAUUUUUUUGGCACAACAUAAUAUUGCAUUUCGUGGACACAAAGAGAAUUGGUCAUCUAACAUUAAAGGGAACUUCAAAGAUCUAGUUAUUCUUAUGGCAUCUCAAUCUCCAAUUUUAUCAUCUCAUCUGUCUCUAGUCAAAUCUAAAGGAAAAAAAGUAACUUCCUUUAUUACUUGGGAACGCCAAAAUCAGUUGAUUGACUGUGUUAGUCAAUCUAUUAAAUGCACUAUUAAUAAAGAAAUAUCUGAAGCAUCAUUUUUCAGUAUUUCUAUUGAUUCAACGUUUGAUGCAUCUCGAACCGAACAAAUUUCUUUUAUAGUAAGAUAUGUUAAUAGUACUGGGAAUAUUUUUGAAAGACUGCUUGCCCUCAAAUCAUCUGCGAUUACAACAGGAAAAGUUCUGUUUAAUAUCUUUAAGAGUGUCAUGGAAGAAAAUCAACUACAAUGGAAAACUGCAUUAGUGGGUCAGUCGUAUGACGGAGCUGGAAAUAUGUCGGGCGAACAUAAAGGUUUGCAAUCUCGAAUUAAAUUGGAAAAUAGUCACGCAUUAUUCAUAUGGUGCCAUGCACAUCGAUUAAACUUAGUUGUAACAUCUAUAAUUUCAAAAGGCAAAGAUGCUAUAGAUAUGUUUGGUAAUCUUGAAAGUUUAUAUGCUUUUUUAUGGACUAGUAAAAAACGAGUUGAUGUUUUUCGACAAAAACAGUAUAAACUAUAUCCAAAUAAACAGCUUCAAUCCGUGAAACGUGUUGCAACAACAAGGUGGAUGUCCCAUUCGGUAGCUUUGAAAACAAUAAUAUCUAAAUUUGAGGCAUUAAUUCAAACCUUGGAAGAAAUAAUUGAAAAAGAAGGCCCAGCAGAUGUGAAAACUGCUGCGACAGCUAAUGGUUUGAUUAGCUAUUUUUUGUCUUUUCGAUUUGUUUUAACAGCAUUCUGUUUUAAAAUUUUAUUUGAUAUUCUUGAUCCACUCAAUAAAGCAUUUCAAGAAUCAGAUAUUGAUCUUUUAACAGCAACAGACCUUAUUUUCUCGGCUCGCUAUGAUCUUAAACAAAAUAGGAAUGAUAAUAUAUUUCAAAACACUGUGAAUAAUGCCAAAGCUUUUAUUAAUGCAUCUGAUAGAGAAUUUGAAGAACUUAAACAGAUAAGACCCAUUAGAAUACCUAGAAAACACGAUCAAAAUGGUAAAUGUUCAGAUAAUCCUAUUAUAGAUCCAUUAUUAAAAAUGAAAGUUGAGACAUUUAAUGUUAUAUUAGAUACAACUCUGUCAACUUUAGAAAGUCGAUUUAAUGAUGAACAUAUUGGUAUUUUGAGAGAUAUUUCAUUAUUUUCAAAGAAAAGAAUUGAGGAAAUAAAUAUUAAUGUUAACAAGUUUCCAAUAGAUGGUUUUAAUGUAUUUUGUUCAACUUAUACAAUUAUUUCACAAGAAGAUCUGAAAACAGAAUAUUUACAGUUUGUUAAAAUUUUCAAAAUAUUAAAUAAUAAUAUUGAUUUACCUCAUGCAUUACAUCAAACACACAAUUUUGAUGAAGAUGAGAAAUUAACAUCAUCGUCAAGUGAUGAAGAACUACCUACAAAAAGAAAACAGGAAAUGCAAAAUGCUGGUAGUAUAAAUCAUGUUUUUAAAGUUUUCUGUGCAGCAAAUAUGAAUUCAGUUUUUCCAAAUCUUUACAUUGCAUUUAAAAUAACUGUAACAUUGCCAGUAAGUAGUGCAAGUACAGAAAGGUCAUUUUCACGUUUGAAAUUACUUAAAACCAGACUGAGAACUAGUAUAUCUCAAAACCGAUUAGAAAACCUUCUAAUAAUAUCUUGUGAAAAUGAUAUUGUAGUUGACAAAGACGAAGUAGUUAAAAAAUUUGCAAUUAAAAGUAAAGUUCUUACUAAACUACUUACUCUGUAA